GUUAGGAGAUAAAUAAACAGUUUUUGGUCAAAGGCUUCAAGAUCUGACACUAAUAUUUUACACUUGCAGUCAAAAAAAGUAAAGGUAAUUUUUGAACAAACGAAAUUAUACAUAUAUGGUGUCGAAAGUUAAGUUAGUAAGUAUGACGACUACAGAAUUGAAGUUAAGAUGUAAAAGCAGAACAGGUCAGCAUUAUCUAACAAACUUGACUGGGUCGUCUACUGUUGGAAGAUUGAAAGAAAUGUUAGCAGAUAUUACUCAAAUACCAGCAAGCUGUAUUAAAAUACGACAUGGCUUCCCACCAAAAAUAUUAGAUCUUAGUAAUGAGGCACAAGAACUGUCAACAUUAUCAUUAAGAUCUGGUGAUAGUUUAAUUGUUGAGGAAAGUAAGACUGCCAUAGUGCCUCCAGUUUCAUCAGGGGAUGGGGUACUUCAGGCCCAAUUGAUGGGUAAUAAAAUAGGAAUCCUUACACGGAAGGUUGUUCCAGCUAACAAUUCUUGUCUUUUUACAAGUGUAAAUGCUGCUAUGACUGAUGGCUGUGUUGAUUUAUCGUGUGCUAAACAGUUACGAGAAUUGAUAGCUGGUAUUGUCAUGAGUGACAGUGUAACUUAUUGUGAGGCUAUGCUAGGAAAAUCAAAUAGUGACUAUUGUAAAUGGAUUAUGAAUGAGGAAUCGUGGGGAGGUGGAAUUGAAAUCUCAAUCCUUUCUAAAUAUUACCAAAUUGAAAUUGAUGUAGUGGAUACCCAGUCCGGUAGAAUAGAUAGAUUUGGGGAGGAUGGGAACUACAAAGAUAGAAUUUUACUCCUUUAUGAUGGCAUUCACUAUGAUUUCCUGAUAUUAGAUGCCUGUGUUCCCAGCAUUCCACCCAAAUCAAAAUUUCUGACCUCUGAUCUCACCAUUCUGUCCCAAGCAUUAGAGCUAGCAGAGGAGGCAAAGCAAAGUCGUCAGUUUACAGAUGUAGGGAAUUUUACUUUGAGAUGUCUCAUUUGUCAGAAAGCAUUAAAAGGAUCUCAGGAAGCACAAGACCAUGCGAAGAAGACUGGCCAUAUCAACUUUGGGGAAUAUUAAAGAUUCUCAUUAUAUACAGCUACACAUGUACAUGAGACCUAUUUGCUUGAUGUCUAUUAUGCAGAAUCAAAACUAAUGUGAUGAUAAUAAAUGUCAUAAUUAAUUAA